UGGAUAUUGUUUCCUUAAUUGUUUGUGGGUGUGCGAGCAUCCCAUUUUCUUAUUCACUCCCACAACACACUGCUGUUUUUUUAUUUCAAGGGAAAGCGUAGAGAAGGAAGAGGAAACAUUGGAAAGUAGUUUGGAAUGGAUGCUUUGGGUCUUCUGAGAAUCCGGGUUCGCAGAGGUAUGAAUCUUGCUGUCCGUGACACUAGAAGCAGUGAUCCUUACGUUGUUAUUGAAUCCGGCUCUCAGAGAGUGAAGACCAGAGUUGUCAAAGACAACUGCAACCCUGUCUGGGACGAAGAGCUCACUAUUUACGUCAAGGAUCUUAAUGAUCCCAUCGUUCUAUCUGUUUAUGACAAAGACACGUUCACUGGAGAUGACAGCAUGGGAAACGCUCGUAUUGACAUCAAACCUUACAUAGAAUGUCUGAGGAUGGGAUUGAAAGAUCUCGCAGAUGGCGCUAGAAUUGAUAGAGUUGAGCCGAGCAGUGAGAACUGCCUAGCGGAUGAGAGCUUUGUCGUCUGGAACAAAGGGAAAAUGACUCAAGACAUGAUUCUCAGGUUGAGAAAUGUUGAAUGUGGUGAACUAGAGCUCCAAAUUGAAUGGCUUGAUCUUCCAGGUUGCAGCCGAGGCUUCAAGAUUUAAGAUGGGGAAUCAUGUUCACAAAGUACAUAAAUAAAAUUGUUGAUGGGACGACCAUGGUAUCAUAUACGGGUCAGCAUGAUAAAUAUGAAACUGUUUCUCGAUUAGAACGAUGUAGGAAUAACAUCUUGGAUCGUCUCUGUACUCGUUGUUGGCUCAGCUGAUUCGACUACUCGUCUGUGUAGUGUAACCAAGUUGCAUAUAAUGUAUGUGUUAGAACUGCUGAGUUAUUGCUGCUGUAACUUGUAAACUUUUAUUGUGCUUUACUGCGAAAAGCAUUGGCAUUGUUAAUAGGUAGAAUUACCCAGA